AUGGCCGACCGAGACAAUGGCAAGCCGGGCGACCCGGCCGGCCAGAUGAGGCUUGAGCACAAGCAAAUAUCGCUCACCAAGCCCCAACUCGAGGGGAAAGACGUGGCAUCCACGGUCAAGACCAAGUGGAACACGAAAAAUCUCGCAUUCAGGUGGGCAGCAGACAUCGCGAGCGCGUCCUGUGCCGCGGGUCUCGUUGCGCCCCUGAUCUCCAUCAUCGACCGGUCCAUCAUGGAGAAUGCAUCGGGCCGCGCCACGCUCCUCGACUCGGUCAAGGGCUCGCUGCGGGAGCUCGUCCUCCGGCCGCACGCCAUGAUCCUCUCCAAGCCCGUCGCCCUCAUCUUCAUGGCCUACGGCGGCACCUACCUGAGCGCCAACACGGUCGACACGGCCUACUCGACCGCGCGCAACGAGCCCGCCACCCUCGUCACCUCGGGCACGGCCAAGUUCGCCACCUCGUCCGCCGCCAACAUCGGCCUGGGCGUCUACAAGGACCAGGUGUACGCGCGCAUGUUCGGACCCGUGGGCAAGGUCGCCCGCGCCGUCCCGCCGCCCUCGUACCUGCUCUUCACCCUGCGCGACUGCCUGACCAUCUUCGCGAGCUUCAACCUGCCCAUGAUGCUGGGCCCGGGGGUGCACGCCGCCAUGGGCGAAGCCCUCUCGAAGCAGGUCAGCGGCCAGACCCUCGUGCAGUUCGCGGCGCCCGCCUUCGUCCAGAUAUUCUCCACCCCCGUGCACCUGCUCGGGCUGGACCUGUACAACCGGCCCCGCUGCGAGAGGUCGGGCCUGCCCACCCCGGGCGAGCGCUGGGCCCAAGUCUACAAGAACUGGGGCAUCAGCGUCGUCGCCCGGCUGUGCCGCAUCAUCCCCGCGUACGGCAUCGGCGGCGUGGUCAACUCCAAGGUCCGCCGCAGCCUUAUGGAGAAGCUCUAG